UAACCUAAUACGACUAAUAGACUAAUUACUCUAAUAUAAUAAUAAUUAUAGAACCCGAACGGAAGUUGGUUUCUAUCACUCAACCAUCCUAGCUAGCUCUGUUGUUGUUUGUUAUGAUAAAAAUGCAUCAUAUGCAGAGUGUGGCGAUAAAUGUGCUGGAAGAGUACCAUCUGAUGAGCUUGACGCUGGAGUAUCGACGGGAGUGCAGGCAGUCAAACUUGGUGGAAUCACUGACCAGCAGCAGCCACGCCAAUAGGAAAGCGGACGUGGUGGAGUUCACCCACCUCAUUCGUCUGCAGUGCGACAAGGCCGAGAUUGUUCGAGCCAGAACUGAGUGGCAGCCCAAAUUGACAACCCAUCUAAUCUAGAAGACACUUAAAAUUGGCACUCCGGAUGUACGUGUCUUUCAGCCUAGCCUACUUGUUCUCAUCUUAUUGUUAUGUUGGAAUCAAUCCGCUCUUGGAGAUGUAUUUCAUUUCUACACAGCUACUCUUAAGUUUCACCAUUUUGGGAAUAAAUAUGGAGUUUGCGC